AUGCAGCUGGGCAGAUUAAAUAGUCCGUUCGUGCAGAACCUCCUUGCCUCGAUCGUGGUCGGACUAGGACCGGGGCUUUAUGUCGCUGUCACCAACCUGGGGGCAGGCGGCGGGCCCGCCAAUGCCACGAAGAUGCAGAACAUCGUGAACUCGGUUCUUUACGCUAUUUACUUCGUCGUGGGCCUUUUCAGCGGCUCCGUGGUGACUACCGUCGGCCCUAAAUACACCCUGGUCUUUGGCACUUUGGGGUAUCCUAUCUACGUCGGUUCCUUGUGGUACUUCAGCAAUACGGGAAACCUGUGGUUCCCAAUCUUCGGCGGCGCGAUAUUGGGUCUCACGGCCGUCCAUCUUUGGACAGCGGCCGGAUUCAUCGCCUUCAGUUAUGCGACCGAAGACAAGAAGGGGACUUAUAUCUCCAUGCAAUGGGGUCUUCUCAGUGUUGGCAGCACCAUUGCCUCGUUCGUGGCCUUCGGCAUCAACUUCAACGCCGGGGAGCUUAAAUGUCCCGACUCUGUAUACAUCGUGUUCAUCAUUCUGAUGGCUCUCUCGCUGCCUGUCGCGCUCUUCGGCAUCAUUUCUCCUGCUGACGUGCGUCGCGCUGAUGGCUCGCCCAUCGCACACUACCCUCACCGCGGCGUGUGGGAAGAACUCAAGGGCCAACGCCAGAUCAUCAUGGACUGGCGCAUGCUAGCGCUUCUCUUGCCCAUGUUCGGCUCCGAGGUGGCGAUUAUCGCAUUUUCGUCCAUUAACUCCCUCUAUUUCAACAUCCGCACGCGCAGUCUCAACUCGGUUGUUUUCGUUAUCCUGCAGGCCGUCGGGGCCGUAGGGACGAUGGCGUUGUUGGAUAGUCAGAGGAUCGGCACUCGACGCGCACGAGGCCUCCUUUCAAUCGCCGUGAUGGGCCUUUUCACGCUCGGACUGUGGAUCGGCCUCUGCGUGUGGUUGUCACAACAUCCCAUCGAUCUAACGACUCCUCCACUGUGGGACUGGACGGACGGCCCGUUCGGCGGAUUCAUCGUCCUGACGUUGUUGUUUGGGAUCAAUAUGGUUGCUUAUCAAGUGGUGGUGCAGUGGAUCGUUGCCUCCCUGAGUAACGACCCCGAAACACUUGCCCGCUUUGCGGGGUUUGCGAAAGGCUGUUUGGCCGGUGGACUUUGCGCUACCUUUGGCACCGAAGCUGCGGGUUUGGACCAGAUUUAUGUGGUUGCUUGGACGUUCGCCCUGCAAGGGGUGGGAUUGGUGUGCAUGGUCUUCGUGACUUGGUUCUGCGUGCGACCAACAAACUACGGUCAGGAGGAGAAGGUGGUGGUUCCCGGGGAUGUGAGCUGCGAUGAAAAGGGCUCAAAAAUGGCCACCAUCGGCGCUGAAACACCACUCCUCUUGGCCGUGGUCCGCAUUGCCUCCUUCGGAGCCCUGCUUGGAAUCCUGACCGAUAGCACGACCGGGGUGUCAUCCUGCCCCCUGCAAAAGCCAGCCCGUUCAGCCCGCAGUUCCAAUUUGUCUGACCCUCCAUUUAUUUUUACUUACCAUGUGCGUAGCUCCGGACUGAAGACAGCAAUCAUGGACCUGCACGCCAAUCGUGGUCCUGUCCUCAUCAGCAGUGUAUUCCCCGUUGCGACGGUGGCUACGUUAGCUGUCGUAGGCAGGCUCGUAUCUCGUCGCAUCAAAAAUCAGCCAUGGCUGAUGGACGACUUUAUGGCGAUCGCUGGAUUGCUCCUCGCCUGGGGAUGCGCAGUGUGCGCAACAUUAUGCGUUGAAUACGGCGUAGGAAAGCACCUCGAACCGAUUCAAGACAGCUUCCCAUACGUCAAAUUCUGGAAGACACUCUUCGCAUUUAACCAGAUCUACAUCGCGACAGGGCCCACCAUCAAAAUCUCCCUUCUGCUUCUCUACCGACGUAUAUUUGACACUUCGCUUUUCCGGAGAGUCGUGUUCUGGCUCGUCUGUAUUAACAUCGCCUGGUGGAUCGGCAUGUCCAUAUCGGGGAUUUUCACCUGCGUUCCGGUUCAGGGCUAUUGGUUCACGGACCUACCGGGCAGGAAAUGCAUGAGUCUUCUGGAUUACGAUAUCGGAUAUGCGGUGGUGAACAUCGUACUUGACGUGUUUAUUCUCGUGUUGCCCAUACAUAUGAUCUGGCGGUUGACCUUAACGGGAACCCAGAAGAUCGCGUUGACAUUCAUUUUUCUAUUAGGCUCUUUCGCCUGCGUAACGGCUCUAAUGCGUCUCCUCGUCUCGAUCCUCCACGUCGACGACCCCGAUUUAACAUGGGUCUACCUCGACGCCCUAAUCUGGACCGUGGUCGAGCCCUCCGUCGCCGUAAUCUGCGCAUGCCUCCCGACUCUCCGCCCUGUCCUCUCGUAUCUCCUCCCCCGAAAAUUCUCGCUCACCACGGCAACCAGAAGUAGAACGAAAUCAGUCUCUGGAUACCCCAAAAGCUCGACACACUCUGUUGAUCCACAACUCUUUGUGCGUCUUGAUGACGCGGGGUCUAUGAAAGCGUUGAACCAGACAACGGUGCAGGCGGGGGUGUCGGACGAUCAUGAGAGCGAGGCCGGGAUUGAGGGGAUUCGCGUACGGCAGAGUAUUGAGUUACAUGAAUAUCGGUAG